AUGUCUCUGUGGGCUCGACAAACGGUCGACGCCAAGAUCAACUAUCAAACAGCCAUCUGGGCAUAUUAUCGAUACUACCCAUCGUUGGCAGCAGCCGCCAUUUUUACCAUCUUGUUUGCUGCAACCACCUUCUUCCAUUUGUAUCAACUGAUCCGACGUCGCACAUGGUUCUUCAUUCCCUUUGUUAUCGGAGGCUUCUUUGAAUGGGUCGGAUACAUCGGCCGUAUCCUGUCAAGUCGCGAAAGUCCUAACUGGGCGAUGGGACCGUAUAUCCAACAGACCCUUCUGCUAUUACUGGCACCGGCCCUGUUUGCAGCCUCCAUAUACAUGAUGCUCGGGCGCAUCGUGAUGUUGCUGGACGCAGAGCGGCUCUGCAUAUUUAAGAAAAAGUGGCUCACAAAAUUCUUCGUUGCGGGUGAUAUCAUAUCCUUUACAGUUCAAGCCGCUGGUGGCGGUGUCAUGGCCAGUGGCUCUCUUGAUGCAGUGCAUAAUGGGGAGAAGAUAGUAAUUGCAGGUCUCGCUAUUCAGAUUGCUUUCUUCGGCUUCUUCAUCUUCACCAGCGCAACCUUCCACCGUCGUGUGCGCAAACUGCCAACUGAACGGUCAUUAGAGCUGGCCACGUCCUGGCGCAAACAUAUUCACGUCCUUUACGCUGCAAAUAUCCUCAUCAUGAUUCGGUCGGUAUUUCGAUUGAUUGAGUAUGCCAUGGGUAAUAAUGGAUACCUCCUGCGUCACGAAGCAUUUCUCUAUGUGUUUGAUGCACUCCUCAUGUUGGUGGUGAUGGCCCUGUUCAAUCUAGUGCAUCCCAGCGAUCUCCUCAGCGUGAGGGGGGAGAAAUCUUGA